CCAUUGGUUUUGCUGGUUUAAUAUGGUGCGAAUGGUUGUCUGUUAAAAAAAAAAGAUAUUUCAUAGUUAAACUAUCCUGACAGGCAGAUACUUAGAAUCAAUAUGCGUCUUGAAUAAGGGUAAUGAUUUAGAGUAUGUGGUGAAGCACCUUCUGUUUUAAAGAAUAUGAUCAGAUUGGGGGCAUCUGUGCCCAUAAUGAUGACAUGCUCUGUUUGACUGAGGACACAUCUAUGACUGAGGAGACCUAAUAGUUAAAGAUCAGCUGCAGCGUUAUGCGCCACGCCUCCCCGACUCGGCACCUGGUUCUCCAACAGUCCGUCAGUUGCGCUGUUGCGGAGCGGAUUUUCAGACAGGACCGGCGGAAGAAAACCAGCAGGAAAAAAAGCGAAUGGGGGAGAGGAAGAGGAGAAUGUGACAACUGCUGGAUGCGGACAGAGUGUGUGCGGCUGGCUACACUGCCUUUGGGGAGGCCUCGGCUCUUGCACCUGUCCCUCUCCGUCUCCGCGGCCAGGCGCAGUUUGGGCGAGAGCGACGCUUUAUUUAUCAGGCAGGGCGCACAGCGGCGGAGGCGCACACACACACACACACACACACACACACACACACACACACACAUAUACACACACACUCACUCACUCACACACACACGCGAUACUGUACGCACAUACACAUACACAGGGCAGGCAGGCAACAUGACUUCGUCCUACAAUCUGGAUUUUCUGCCUGAUAUGAUGGUGGAGAGCCGCCUGCUUGUUCCCGGAGACAGAAUCAACGGCACGGCCGGGAAGAUGAACGGGGCGCUGGAGCAUUCGGACCAGCCAGACCCGGACGCCAUCAAGAUGUUUGUGGGCCAGAUCCCACGCUCCUGGUCAGAGAAGGAGCUGAAGGAGCUGUUUGAGCCGUACGGAGCCGUCUACCAGAUCAACAUCCUCCGAGACCGCAGCCAGAACCCUCCACAGAGCAAAGGCUGCUGUUUUGUCACGUUUUACACAAGGAAAGCUGCCCUUGAAGCCCAGAAUGCACUGCAUAACAUAAAGACCUUAACAGGGAUGCACCACCCUAUUCAGAUGAAACCUGCAGACAGUGAGAAAUCUAACGCGGUGGAAGACAGGAAGUUGUUUAUCGGCAUGGUGUCGAAGAAGUGCAACGAGAACGACAUCCGGGUCAUGUUCUCCGCAUUCGGACAGAUCGAGGAGUGCCGGAUCCUCCGAGGGCCUGACGGACUCAGCAGAGGAUGUGCGUUUGUCACGUUUUCCACCAGAGCUAUGGCACAGAAUGCAAUCAAAGCCAUGCACCAGUCUCAGACUAUGGAGGGCUGCUCGUCCCCCAUCGUGGUGAAGUUCGCCGACACGCAGAAGGACAAGGAGCAGCGGCGUCUGCAGCAGCAGCUGGCACAGCAGAUGCAGCAGCUCAACAGUGCGACCACCUGGGGGAGCCUGACGGGCCUGGGCGGCCUCACCCCACAGUAUCUGGCUGUAAGGAGAGCCGCCGCGUCGCCCACCUCCACCAUCACCUCCUCCUCCACCCCUUACUGCAGCCCCAUGGCCAGCGCCGCCGCAUUGCUUCAGCAGGCAACCUCCUCCGGUAACCUCGGAGCCUUCAGCGGGAUCCAGCAGAUGGCCGGUAUGAGUGCUCUGCAGUUGCAGAACCUGGCCACUUUAGCGGCGGCAGCGGCGGCGGCCCAAAACUCAGCCAGCCCCUCCACCGCAAACCCCCUGUCCUCCAACGCCGCCUCCCUGGGAGCGUUGGCCAGCCCAGCAGCGGGCACCACAGCCAGCUCCAACGCCGGUGCCAUGAACUCUCUGACCUCUCUGGGCACCCUGCAGGGCCUGGCAGGCGCAACUGUGGGCCUGAACAACAUUAAUGCACUAGCAGUUGCUCAAAUGCUCUCAGGUAUGGCGGCUCUAAACGGAGGCCUGGGCGGCGCAGGGCUUACCAACGGGACGGCAGGCACCAUGGACGCGCUGACGCAGGCUUACUCAGGGAUCCAGCAGUAUGCCGCCGCAGCGCUGCCCACCCUCUACAGCCAAUCCCUGCUGCAGCAACAAGGAGCCGCCGGCAGCCAGAAAGAGGGUCCCGAAGGUGCCAACCUGUUCAUCUACCACCUGCCCCAGGAGUUCGGAGACCAGGACAUACUGCAGAUGUUCAUGCCUUUCGGAAACGUGGUCUCUGCCAAAGUCUUCAUCGACAAACAGACAAACCUUAGCAAGUGCUUCGGCUUCGUUAGCUACGACAAUCCAGUGUCGGCACAGGCAGCCAUCCAGGCCAUGAACGGCUUCCAGAUCGGCAUGAAGCGGCUGAAGGUGCAGCUGAAGCGCUCCAAGAACGACAGCAAACCGUACUGAUCUUAGCACUAGGGUCUAUCUGCUCCCCAUGUUAGCACUGCUAGGGUAAGUCCCCCCACAAAAAAAAUGAAAAUGAACAAAAAAACAGCAAACCGAGCCACGACCUCUCUACACAGGGACUGGGGGGGUUGGGGGGGUUGAAGGGAGGGAAGGGAGGGAGGGGGAGACGACCUACAACCACCCUGAGGGAGACACACACGCCUUGUUUUUUUUUCUUGUUUUUCUUGCUUUUUUGAAGAUUUUUAUGUUAGCUUUCAAGUAUUAUUAUUUAUUACAAUUUUAUUUUUUUGACACACAUGAACGCUUCCAUUACCGUCAUUACUUUGUGCAAUUUUUCUUUCUUUCUUUCUUUCUUUCUUUCUUUUUUUUUUUACAAUGGAAGGAAGUAGCUAUCUUGGGUAGCUUUUUUUUUUUAAAAAAAAAGGUCUGUUUAAAACUUAUUUAAUUUUUUUCUCUCUCAGUGAUUAUUUAUACAUUUUUGAGGACUAGUUACAGCCAGAACUGAGGUACAGACAAAGGAGCCAUGAUGAUUUUUUAAAAUCUUUUUUUUCUCUCUCUCUCUCUCGAUGUGAACCUGAGGCCUGGUGAAGGGUUCAUUGUGUUUUUUUUUUUGAUGCGCACGCCGAUAUGCACAUUUGACCUUUGACCUCCGCGGUGUUGGUUGCAGGCCGCCGCUGCUUCUCUGAAAACCCCUCUAUGCCUGCUGGCAACCCGGGAGCAAAGGCUGCAAAAUGUUAGUGGCCUCUUUACAGUAUAGUCAGUGGCGACAUCAGCCUGCCAUACAGUUACACUCCACCACCUCAAGAUGAAGAAAACAAACACACACUCUCCAGCUACGUCUUAUUAUUUAUGUGAAAAUAAAAAAACAGUUUUUUAUUUCUCAGAAGAUGAAAAAAAUAAUUAGUAACUACUUCUCUGGCUCAGAUCACAUUGGUCUUUGUUGGGAAAUGGAUAUUACAGCAUGUAGAACAUUUUCAAAAUAACAUCCAGAAUUUGAUGAAGACUAUAAUAAUAAUACUACUACUAAUAAAAGAGUUUAUGGGUUAAGGGUGUAACUGAAAAUACUUGAUGUUUGUUGAAAGAUUUAAAAAAAAAUAAUUCAAAGUACAGAAAGCCACAGGCCUGUAAAUUUUAUUUGUAAAAAAAGCAGUUCUAUUUUUAUACAACAUUUUUACUGCCUCAGAUGAAAAAAAAAGGAUUUUAUUUAUUGCCUAUCGUUAAGUUAUUGGACUCCUAUAAAGUAUACAGCAUCAUUAAAGUAGACCCUUGUGGAGAAGUCUCGUGGAAAUUGGGUUCUCCGGUGUUUUCAUGUUUUUUCAGUGCAGAAACCACAAUCACAACACACUCCGCUGCCAUUUGAACCGCACCCCCCCUCCCCCGCCCAUUGACCGUCCCUGUGUCAUUUAAACACACACACUUCUCUGUGCUGUUCAUCCAUUCAUCCAUAAAUCCAUUUCUCUCUCUCUUUUUACCACUCUCUCCCUCUCUCCAUCUGUAGUGGGACUACUUCUUCACUUGUCAAAUUUUCUACCUUUUUCCUCGCGUUUUUUACUCUUUUUUUUUUCUUGUUUUGUUUUGGGUUUUUUCGUUUUGAGUGUUUCCGUUUUUUGUUUGUUCGUAGCCCCUCACCCUACCCCCUGCCCCCCUCCACCACCCUUACAAAGAUUUAAGAAAUUUUAAUAAUAGCUAAAACAGAAAGAAAUGAAAAAAGACCACCCUACCCUCCCUCCCCCCCAAGAAAAUUACAACUAUUUUCUCCCAAAUGACAAUGUCCAUCUGGGAUCUGAUGGAUAAAGCUUUGGGUGCUCUCUGUUUUUCGUGUAUAUGUGUGUAUGAAUGAGUGAGUGUGUGUACGUGUGUGUGUAUGUAUGUGUGUGAGUCGUCGUCGUUGCCUGUUAGUAUAGACCUAUAACAUUAAUAUUAUUUUAUAUUUCAAAAAACAAAACAAAAUCAAAGCUAAAAAAUUGCCAAUGAACUCAGUGAGUGGUGUUGCUGUUCUGCUGGUUUGCAUUGUUGUUGUUGUUGUUGUUUGUUUGUUGUUGUUUGUUGUUGUUUCUCCUGAUUUUAUAAAAUGCUGUAGUGGUGUGGUGCUCUGGCUCUCUGUGUGUAACUCUCUCCUCUCCCCUGUUUUUUCUUUCCCCCUUUUAGAACAACCCAUCUCCAUGCCUGUUAGCUCAUCGUUUGCCUAGCAUGUCUCCGUGGCGUCCAAAAAAAAAACUUUAAACAAAAACAAACAAAAAACCCCCACCAAAAAAAAAGUGUCAUCGUCCUCCUCCUCCCCCGUCAUUGUUUUUUCUGAUGUCUUUUCCGAGCUCACCUGAUCAUAACCUGGUUCUCCUCCUCCUCCGCCGCCUACUGACCCUUUGAACUUUGAACUUUUAGCUUUUUUGGACUUUGAUUUUUCCGAUUUUUUUUUUCCCUUUUUUUGUGUGUGUUUUUUUGUUGUUUCUUUUUUUUUUUUUUUUUUUUUUUGCAUGUGACCUCAUUUGGAUCUGUUUUUCCGGGGGAGGGCUUCAGGGAGGGAGGGAGGCGAUAAGGGAGGGGUGGGUAAGAAAAAUGAAUCAAUGUGAAAAAGAUAUAAAGCUGCAUUCAUAUGAAAAAACAAAAAAGACUGAGAUUUUUAUGGAAAAACAAAUGUUCUUUUUGGAGAAAAAAAACAACAACCUGUGGCAAAGUGAUUUCCAUUCAGUAUGUUUUCUUGCAUUUUUUGUUCCUUCUUCUUCUUCUUUAUGUCAGUUUUUUUUUUCUUUUUCUUCUUCAUUUAAAGUAAACUUGAAAGUUCACUACAGGAAUUGGCGCGUCAUCUUGCUUCUGGUGCCGACGAAAAAACGAGAGUGUGGGCCAGAAGCAGUCCGCGCCAGUUUCUCUGAGAAAUAAGACUACUUCCAAACAGUUUUGAAUAAAAACUGUCUGAUCAAUAUUAGACUCUCUCAGAGCUCUCUAAUGGUUUUUACAUUUUUCAGGCAGUGUAAAGUUUUUUGAUAAGGCCAUUUUAAGUGGCUCUGUUUCUCAUUCAAAGUCUAUAUAUAGAACCACUUUUUUCUAGAGUAGUUUAAAGGUAAAAAAUAAAAAAGACAUUUGCCCUGUUUGGGGGGGAGAAAUGCUACCUACUUGUGUCACCUUUUGCUGAACUGACUCACAGAUAGACAAUCCGUGGUUUAAAUGCACAUGAUGAAAUGACCUAUAUUUUCUACUGUUUAAAUGUAUAGAGGAAAAAAAAUACUAAGAUACCUGUAACCCGCGUUAACGUCGGUGCUUCUCGUGAGUUUAGUUGUGGUUUCAUCACAAGUCUAACAGUCUUAAAUGUCUCAUGUUUUUCAAGAGAAGACUAAAAAAUCAGUUUACUUGAACAAUAGACAAAGCCUUUCAUAUUACUAUAAUAGUUAAUUUUUUUCUUUUAUUUUCUUCUUUUUUUAAGGAGUCCCUAUUUGCUAAAUUUCUUGUUGGUUAAUUAGCUAUAUAAAAUUCCUAAAAAUAUAUAUAAAUAUAAAUAUAUCUAUAUAUAUAUAAUGUCAGCUUGUGAAGCAUCAAUGUCAUUAUUAUUUUAUUUCUCUCGUGGGAAACAAUAUUUAGAUGUGUUUUGUUGUUCAGCAAAAUGUCUUAUAAAGAAAAAAAGACAAGAUCAGUGGAGUUUAGUGCCAAAUUCUGAAGGUACUUCCUGCCUAGCGCGUCAGUGUAUUUCUUGUGAAAUUAUUUGAUAACAUGGGUAUUUUAUUAUAAGUGUUUUGUAUGGAUCCCUCAUAUUUAAAAUAUAGAUUUAAAAAAGAGUUUGUUAACUUGCUAUUCUGUGGUCUUGUUGCCUGAAAAUGUCAUGUUUGCUUUUUUUCUUUGUAAAGAUGUAAAAAAAAAAAAAAAAAAAAAAAGUGCCCAUGUGUCAUAUAUAUAUCUAUAUACACGCACACACGGACACACACACACACACACUCUCGUGCAGACCUCACAGUUUACUUUGUUGUUGUGCAUGAGAGCCCCUGAGUGUGAAAGCCUCUACAGCAACCGCUACAGCCCACCACCGUGCGCACACACACACUUUAAAACACACACGAGAAUCACGCACUGAUAUUUUUAGCCAUUGUACAGCCGUUUUAUUCAUCAAAGCCUUACCACAAAUCUUUGCACUCCUGUUCUCUUUCUAUUAGUAUCUCGCACACACAGACACAAACACAGACAUCAGGCUUUUCAGUAUAUAUUGUUUUGAUUGUUUUCUCGCAUGCUGUCCCGCUCCUCAGCCGAAAAUUGAGGUGAGAGUUGUACGCGAAGCCUUAUUUCUCCAAAAUCCUCUUAUCCCUUUUGUUGGGUUCAAAACGUUUCGGAGUUGUAGCUGGCGCCGUUUGUCUCAGACGGCGAGGAUCAUUACUUUUGUGUUAUCACCUCAAGACGAGCGCGCUUGCUUUCAUGAUGUAAGCACAGGGCAAGACUCGCUCAUUCACAAACAAGCCUCGAUCUUUUGAGGAAAAAGCACAUGCCGUCGUCAGGAUAGUCAAAAGCAAGAGGCGGGACAGUCCGGAGCAAGUUUUUACUCGUUUGAUUUUGUCACCGAACUUAUCCUUUGACGUUUUUAAGUGGUUGUAAGACUUCUUUAUAUGUAAGUCUUGUGGUGUAAUGGGCCAAAAUCAUGUUUAGAUGCCAAAGUGUGUUAUUGACAUUCUCAUAGUCAAGCCGUUUACAUGGCACAAUGUUGUCAGUCUAUUCAACUGCCCCCUUUCCCCCCUCCCUGAAAGCCUAGUUUACGGUCUGCAAAAAAAAAAGGCAGCAUUAUUUUCUACAGAAGCUCACCAGUCGCCUUAACCAGGGAGCGUUGUAUCAGUAUUAUAAGAAUAGAAGAUGUUGUCAGUCAGUCAGUGAUUUGUGCCAAGUCCAGGUUCACUUUUGUGUACAGUUAACCUCCCACUUGUCCAAGUCUGGGUUUCGCUCUUCCGCCAUUUCGUCCAAUGGGCUGGAGCAGAAAGGCUGAAAUGGCCGUUUGUCCUCGCAGCAGUGAAGGAGGAGAGGAAUCGAGGCAUCUCUGUUUGAAGGAUGCCGCUCUCUGUCUGGUUGUUGUCUCCCAGGCUAACCGGGGUUAUUAGAAACAGGGCUAUGUGGAGAGAUGUCUUAUUGGAAUAGCGACAGGGGAAAUAAAGUGCUUGUUGGUCGGAGAUGAAGGGUCACGUCCGCAGGUCCACACAGGCAAAACAACAGCCACAGCCGAGAUGAAGGCAAUACAGCUUUCAUUAUCCUCUCAAAGACCAAACCCAAAACCAAACUUUUAUCUGAUCUCAUGGAGGGAGGCAAGCAGACUUUUUUUCCUAAAUGCAGUACACACAUGAGCAGUGCCACAAACAGCCAUAACUACCUGUAGGAGCGCUGGACAGGAGGAGUCCCAGUCCAAUCAGUGUUAAUGGACCAGUCUUCUGACCAGCGUGUGUGUGUGGGUUUCACGUCGUAACAUCUGCAACGUCAAAACCGUGGCAUCCAAGAACUACGAUUGCACAUUUCACGUCUUCACCUCACUCUUGCACAAUUCACAUCACUCUUAUUCGUCAAGUGUGGAGGCUACAUAACCUGUGCUGUUCCCAGUCGACUGGCAGCACGCGGCUGUCUGUGUUAUUAAAGACAUUUUAACUGUUCCCAAAAACUAUGUGGUAAAAUUGCCAAAUCUCACCGAGUUGCACACAGCCUGACGUUGCACAGUCUAGUGUGAAGCAUCUUUGUCUUUGUUUCAAUGUUGAAGCACAAGAGGGUCGUAGAAACAAGAGUUUCUGUCGAGCGGCUCACCUCAGGGGCUGUCAUCGCCGAUGCUCGUUGUAAUCUUUCUAUCUUGUCACUGUUCACUUCUUUGUUCUCCUUCUUUCUUAAUUAUCUUAAGUGCUAUUUAUCAAACAAUGAAAUCUGAAAGGAAAAAAAAAUGAACUUGUCGUUUCUUUGCAUUAUGGCUUAUGUCAAGUUUUUUGAGGAAAAAUGUUUUGUGUGUUCUCUCUUUCUGUGCCGUAAAAAAGAGCUUGUUGUCUGUAGAAAUUAUCCAAUUAUUUUUCUUUUUUGUUGUUUUCAUUGUUUCUUUUAAUUCUCAAAAAGGUUUUUCAGUAGUUUCAAAGUUAUUGUCUUGAGAGAAGCCAAAGUCAAUGCAUUUCAGUGGAUCCUGUAAGCGUGAUGUAUGUUUGUUUGACAACACUUCGAAAUCUGUCACUGGAUGGGAUUUAAAAAGUACAAAAAAUGCAGGCUUUCCUAUUUCUACAACUGAUUGUACUUAUGCAUUUUGUACCAGUGGAAUUUUUUAUACUGGAGAUUAAAGGAUACAACAAAAAAAUCUUAGAAAAAAAGCUGUCUGGCCUGGUGGUGUGGCCUGACCCUGACUGGUCCCCGAGUAUGAUUUCUAGCUGGCGUCAAGAAAGUUGGCUUUUGAUAUAAGAUUUUCUAGAAGAUCUUUGGCUUUAUUUCUUUCACUUCUUUUUCCUCACUUGAGUGUUGUUCUUUCUUUCUACCUUUCUUUCUUAAUUCGUUCUUUCUUUAUUUUUUCCGAAAAACAGAGGGUAGGUGAGUGUCAGAUCUUUCAUUUUUGCUUUAUAAAUAGUUCUAGCAAGUUUGUCUAUACAACAGCGGUAAGUUUCAUUUGACUUCUGUAUUGUGCCGUCUACACGAUAAGACAAUUAUAGAAAAAGAAGGAAUAGAUAUAUUUAGUCACCUUCAGUGGAUUAAUGUAUUAGUUUAAUAAAGAGAUCAACUAAUUAGAAAUUUUUUGCUUUUAGCUGUUUAGAUUUUUCCGGUUUCUCUGUCCUUCUCUGUGAACUAACUGUGUAGCUGAAGCAGUCAGAAUUAUUUUUGUAAACGUAUGUUCUUGUGUGAUGCAGUUUUUUGCUUCUGUCUCCUAUAUUAAACCAUUUUUCCUAAUA